GGGAGGGGUAAACAGUCAGCGUUUUCUCUCUUGUCAAGUGGUGCGUUACUGGAAUGCUACAGUAUUCAUAUUUCAAAUGCAGCGUCUGGUGACCUAGAGAACUGUGCGGCCCCUGGUUGUCUACAGCUGUCAAAAUAUUGGAGUAAUCAAGCAGAAAAGAGAACAUGGACACAAAAUCACUACAGAGUCUGCUCAGCGAUCCGAGCCACUAUGCCAAGGCGUUCAAAGUCUUCUGCGCUCGGUCUGACAAAUUGAGGGUGUUCUCUGACUGGGUGGACGGUGUGUUUAGCGAGGCGGUGGUUGGUAAACUCCAGGCCACACUGGACGGACAAGAAGAGCUACGGGUCCUUGGAGUGGGCAGUGGAUCAGGUGAACAGGAUUGUGUGAUGUUGGAGCAACUCAAAAAGCGAUUCUCACUCGUCAAUAAUCGUGUAGUUGAGCCUUCUGAUAAGAUGCUAGUCCAGUACAAGGCGUUGGCUCAAUAUAAGACUCACGAACUACAAGGUGUCGAGUGUGAUUUUCGGCAGCAGACGCUCGAGCAAUACCAGAAGGCGGGAGAUGCGACUAAGUUCCACUUCAUCAGCGCAGUUCACUGCAUGUACUACCUGGACGACUAUGACAGCUCCCUGGAGUAUUUGUACAACUGCCUGAUCCCUGGCGGAGCAAUACUUGUGAUCCUCAAGUCAGAAAACAACGGAUGGAACCGAUUUCUGGACCGCUUUCCUGAGCUUCGUCGGGGCGGUUGUGAAAUAACUUCAGCCGAUAUACGCAAUUCCUUGGACCGCCGUGGCAUCCCGUACUUGCAGUACCACCAACCCAACGGUUUAGAUGUUACCAAGUGCUUCGACGAAACUGCCGAUGAAGACAGCUUGUUGGUUGAUUUCCUGACCCAUUCUGUUAACUUCAAGGAGACGGCGCCCGAAGACGUACAGAGAUCCAUGAUGGAGUAUCUUGCCAGCAGCGACUGCUCCAAGAGGGAAAAUAACACCAUACUGCUGAACAUCGACUGGGAUGCAGUAGUUAUAAUUAAGCAAUAAGAAUACAAUUAAUUGUAUCAAAAAAAUAAUCUGGCCACAAAAUAAAUAUGAGUUCUUUCUGAAAACUGCCGGAAUGGUUACCGCAAACUUGGGGAAAGUUUCGACAAAGUGAACUCAUUACGUCAACGUUUGUGCAUGGAUGUUCAUGAACAGCGCGCCCUUGUUGUAUCAAUAUACCACGGCCCUCGCCCUAAAGCCUCCCCGUCAGGAAAAAUUGCAGAAAUCGGUGACCACCGCCAUGAAAAAUAUUUAUGUCUUCGCUCCUUUUCCUUACUCCACUGCGAUGUAUUUACUAGUCUGUAUCGGCGCCCUCAAGAGACAAGACAUAAACCAUAAGAAGUGAGUAGUUUUAUCGUAGAUUAGUUGUUAGCGAUGGUAAUUAAUUAAUGAUUUCUUAAAGUUAUUUCCGAACAUUAGAAUAUGUUUGUUUGUUAUAAUUUGUUUGUUUGUUUAUAGUUUUUUUUCUGGGUGUGGGAUUUUCGUAAUAAAUUUUGUUUGAUUUAAUAGUAAUUAUUUAUACUGUAUAAUAAUCUGGGUUUUUUUU